GUUUAUAGGUCAUCGGUCGGUCAAAACAUUGUAAUCAUAAUUGUAUGCACCAUACUUAAGAGUGCACUGUACUUGCAAUAUUGCGUUAUUGUGAGAAAAGGACAUAAAUUAACAUUAGUUUCUAAAUUUGUAUCAAGUGAAAGUAUUGUAAAUUCAAUUACAACACAACUUGGUAGUGAUAUGUUGCAAUUAAUAAACCUUCCUGACAUUGUUCUGGAGACAAUCUUAUCUAACCUUACAUACGAUGAAAUUUCUCGAUACAGAAUCGUUUGUAAGCAGUUUGAUAGGAUAUGCAAAAAAUUACUGAACCGUGGUUUCAAUUUGAUGGAAAAAUAUCAUGCACAAUGUUUGCGUGCAGUAAAAAGUCAAUUACCACGAAGAGAAUCAGAACGAAGAAGUCAUCCUUUGGCACGUCAUUGUGAUAUAUUAACAGCAAUUGAAACUAGAAUAUCUAUGUUAUCAAUGACUUUUAUAAAAUAUGUGGAUCUUAAUUUGUGCUGUUUUAUUCCUGGAAAGGUAAUUGAUGAAAUCUUUCGUGUACUUCGUUUAAUCCGUGAUUCUAAAACUCCACCAAGAGCUCAUGAAAUUCUUCAAGAACUAAGGGAUAUUAGCAGUAUGGCUAUGGAACAUUUUGAUGAGAAAAUUUUACCAGAUUUAAAACACAGUAUUUGUACAACUGUUGUUAGUAAUGUAGGUUAUGAAAUCCCAGGUACAAAUUUGAUGAUUUCUCAUCAUACUAUGAGUCCAAAUAAUGCACCACUGCCACACAACUUUAGUUCAGAAAAAUUAAAUCAGACUUUUAAAAAGAUUUAUAGUCGUACUAAAAAAAAUAAAUUAUCUGUUCUCUCCAUGAAAGGUCAAAUAAGUAAAAUGAAACUUAGAAUGAAACGACAGGGGUUUCAAAUGCGGUUGCAAAGUUUAAAGUUACAAGAACAGGGAAAAAAAAUACAUGAUCAAGAUAUACAAUUAGCUGAAAUGAGAAAGCAUCUUGAAGAAUGGGAACAAAAAAUGGUUGAUUUAACAGCUGAGUUAAGUCGUGCCAGAGAAGAGACACAGAAACCUGAUUCUAUAGAAUCUUGUAAACGAAAACACAUAGAUAUUAUUAAUCAACGAGAAUCUGACUCGUUGCAAACAAAAGACUUACAAACCAAAAAACGUAAAUUGAUAGUGGAAAGAAUAUCGUCGAAUGAUGCUAAAGAUGUCAAGUUUAAAAAAUUUAUGACUGAUCUUCUUGCAGGUAAUGCUAUAGAAGGAUAUCCUUCAACUUCGCAUUAACUUCUUUGUAUAUAAUGUGACUGUACAUGAAAAACGAAAUUAACAAAAUUUUGCAUUUUUUAUGUUAUAAUUAUAUAAACUUAAAUGUUAAAAUGUUUCAUAUUUAAAUUUAAUC